AUCAGGGUAACUGACUAACUGUGUCCAAUCCCCCCAAUACGCCCCAAUACUGAUCCGAACCGAGCUCCAGCUCAAGGUUUCGAAUCGGUAUUGGUCAUGGGGCAAUACCGUAUGGUCCGUAUCUGUGUAUUGGUACGAACCUAGGAUUAAAACAAUUAAAAUAAUCAGUUUAAAUUCAAAUCAAGGGUAAAUAUGUCCAAGCAAGAUCGGAUCUUCUUAUUGAGACCUAUCCUAUUCACGAUUCCGAUAUCUGAAACUAUCAAAUCACUCUGCUUGGCGCGGACUCAAAUAUCUUUACCGUUACGAUUGUUAUAAGUAGCUUGGGCCUCAAGCUAAGGUACGAAGGGAGAUCAGAGUUUCUAAUUUUUUCUUUCUUGAGAUCUUUAGCAGUAUACGAGAAUCGGAAAUUAGGGUUUUGUGGGUCGAACUGCAAAAAAGUCCUUGUUCUCUACUUCUCUUCAUUCUCCAUCAAGUGUUUGUUCAUACGAGGAAGACCAGAAGUGAUUCAGAAUGACUGAAAGACCAUCAAAGCUUCGUCGUCUUUCCAGUUUGGAUUCGAUUGCAACAGCUAUUCUGAAUGAGAUUGAUGAUGAUGUUUCUAUUGGAAGAAAGAGUCACUUGAAUUUGUUCAUGGGUUCUUCUUAUAUACCCAAAGAGAAUGAGUUUAAACCUAAAGGGGAAGAUGCUCACUUCAUCUGUGAAAAUCAACAAGUAUUCGGCGUUGCUGAUGGUGUCGGAUCAUGGGCUAAGAAGGGAAUUGAUGCUGGAAAAUAUGCUCGGGAACUCAUGUCCAAUUGUGUAAUGGCGGUUGAAGAUGAAGUCGUGGGUUCUGCUGUGAAUCCUUUGAGUGUAUUAGAAGAGGCCUUCUCAAACACCCAUUCUGAAGGGUCUUCAACUGCUUGUAUCGUAGCCAUGUCAGAUGAUAAUUGCUUACAUUACGCUAACGUGGGAGACAGUGGCUUCAUAGUGAUCAGAGGGGAAGAACUCAUUUAUUGUACCACCUCGCAACAACGCCGGUUCAAUUGCCCAUUUCAACUAGGGAAACAUAGUGACAAUCCCAGUGUUGCUAUUGAAUCCAAAGUUGAAGUUGAAGAAGGAGAUAUCAUUGUUGCAGGCACUGAUGGACUAUUUGACAACCUAUUCCAACAAGAAAUAUUUGAGAUUGUAACAGAAUUUACUGAUCUCAUUGGGAUGUAUCCAUACUUUGUGGCUCGGCUGAUUGCUAAAGAAGCAGAGAUGAGUUCCAGAGACUGCAAUCGUGAGAGUCCCUUCUCAAUCUCUGCAGAGAACGCUGGUUAUUACCAUCCUGGUGGCAAAAAAGAUGAUAUAACAGUGGUUGUUGCUCAUGUUGUCUCAUCAUUCGGCGAAAUUUGUGAACGUACUGACACUUGUUAACGUACUGAUUUGACGAUUAUAAAUAGUUGAGACUUGAGAGUUGAGACUCGCCAGAUAUUUGGCUGUACAUGAUUUUUUUACUGAUUCUUUGUCACCAAGUGCUGAAUUAUGUAACAAGAGGCCUGCUUGAUG